AUGAUAAUUAUUCCUGAUGAUAUUGUUUUUCACGUGUUGCAAUUUCUGGACUUGAAAUUUCUUGUUUUGGUGGCUUCACGGGUGAGUCAUCAAUUUUAUGAACAGAGUUUGAAAAUUCCUUUUGGUUUGAAUUUGAAAGGAAAAGUGUUGCCCGAAGAAUUGAUUUUGAAAAUAUUUCCUUCCGAGCCUAAUAAUAUUCGUGAUGAUGAUCAUCGUUAUUAUAACAUUACAAGUUUGGAUUUGAAUCAUUGCAUGUUGAGAGCCGAACAUUUCAAACAAAUUUCAGCUAGUCCUCGCUCCAGAAAUUUGAGAAAUUUAGAUGCCACAUUGAAUACCCUGUUGGAAGAGGGAGCAAAAGCUAUCGGAGAAAGUCAAUAUUUUCGUAAUUCUCUGCUGGAGACUUUGAAAUUGGGAUUUUGUAGUAUUGGAAAUGAAGGUCUGAAAUAUUUAAUGCACUCGAAUUUUAGAAAUUUAACAAGUCUAGAUUUGACAAAGAAUGAUUUGGAUAAUGAGGCAUUAGAAAUGAUAGCUACGAGUCCAUACAUGAACAAGUUGAAGUUUUUGACUUUAAAACGAAAUCUUUUUGAUGGAAAUGGCGUUGAAAAGUUGGUAUACGGUGCCAAUUUACAUAAUUUGACAUUUCUUGAUUUGAGUAUGAAUGAAAUUUAUGACACUGCAUUCUUGAAAGCAAUUGCGUCAAGUGAUAACAUGAAAAAUCUUCAAAUCCUGAAAUUACAACACAUGCACAUCAAUACCUCAACGGGCCUUCAAUACUUGGCGGACAGUUCGAAUUUACAAAACUUUACUGAACUAGAUUUAGCCUUCAACAGUUUACAAAUUCUUUCUCUGAAUAGUAACAGCAAAAUUUUCAUGAAUUUACGAACAUUGAUACUAGAUUUUAAUCAACUUGGGAAGGACAGCAUGGUAACGAUUACCAAUUUCUGCAAUUUAACAAAAUUAAGUGUAGACUCGAAUUAUUUUCGAGAUGAUGCUAUUGAAUAUCUUGCAUCGAGUCCAAAUAUGAAACAUCUAACAUGGCUCAAGUUGGCAAACAAUAGUCUUGGAUACGAAAGUGUGAAACACAUUUUCAAUAGCAAAUAUUUAGGUAACAUGGAACAUCUAGAUUUAACAAACAAUAGUGACUUGACAGAUGAAAUUUCCCAAUUAUUGCAACCUUCCACCAUUCUCUCCCUUCAACAUUUGAAGACACUUGUGUUAGCGGAGUUGUGUUUGACAGGAAGUGAUAUUUCAGAGGAAGCAGUGUCUGCCCUUUCUCAAAGUAAGACGUUACACAAUAUCCGCAUGGUGAAUUUGAAGUUCACUCUGGUCAGUCGAGAGACCAUUCAGCAAGUCGAGUCAUCCUGUGGAAUUCUUUUUGUAGUGGACAAACGAUAA